CCCMUUUUUAAUACCACACCGAACUCCAUUGCUUUGGAAUAAGUUUUUCCCUUACCAAAACAUCAUAACUACAAAUGAAUACAUCAUCUAAUAAUGCUCUCAAGCAGCGACAAAGAAAGUCCAUCAGCAAGGAGAAGAAAUUAGAUAAAUGCCCUGAAAGAAAGGCAAAUGAUUAUGGGAAAAGGGUUCACCAUGAAGAAGCGUCUUUGCUUAAUUCUUCAAGUGGUUUUGAUAACUACAGAGGAAUUCUGAACCUAUGCAUUGUGCUACUUGUAAGGGCAGCUAACAUUACUCUGCUAUGGUACAGUAUGUUAUGGCUUAAGUUGAUCAGUUAUAUCAGUGUCAAUAAAUGGCAUCGACUGGGAAUUGUAAAAGAAGAAGAGCCUACCAAGACAGAACAGUUAGUCAAGUAUCCUGAUAAUAUUACACAUUUAGAUUUAUACUACUUCAUGGCAGCACCAACAUUAUGCUAUGAAAUCAACUUUCCCAGAAUGAAAAGAAUCAGAAAAAGGUUUCUCAUUAGAAGAGUAGUAGAACUAUUCUUUUUGUUGGGCAUCAUGGGAGCAGUUGUUCAACAGUGGAUGGUACCAACUAUUAAAAACUCUUUAAAGCCCAUUCAGGAAAUGGAUAUAUUUAGGGCAGUUGAAAGAAUAAUGAAACUAGCAAUCCCAAACCACUUUCUAUGGCUGUUGUUCUUCUAUUGUUUCUUUCAUACACUUCUUAAUAUCACUGGUGAACUACUGAGGUUUGCUGACAGAACUUUCUAUAGAGACUGGUGGAAUUCCUCUACAGUUGAGUACUUUUGGCAGAACUGGAAUAUCCCAGCACAUAGAUGGGCCUCAAGGCAUCUCUACAAACCUAUGAUAAGAAGAGGAUAUUCCAAAUUGCAAGCUCAGAUAACAGUGUUCAUGCUGUCAGCUUUUUUUCAUGAGUAUCUUGUCAGUGUGCCUUUGAGAAUGGCAAGGUUAUGGUCAUUCAUGGCAAUGCUUGGGCAGAUUCCUAUGGCAGUGUUUAUAAAAGCAUUCAUCAGUAACCCCAACUAUGGCAAUGUUGUAGUGUGGUGUUCUAUUAUACUAGGGCAACCAUUGGCUAUUAUGAUGUACUUUCAUGAUUACUAUGUUGGAAGUCUGCAGUGACAUUGGAAGGAAAGAAGAAGUAGAUUUAUUAAAGCAAAAAGUAUUUUGAUAUAUUGGUAUAUUAAUAUUAUUACAUCUUUUUUCUUCCUGCGCAGCAUUGCCAUUGAUUAGCAGUUUUGCGAGAUGAUAUUGGCAAAACAACUGAUCUCUGGCAAAUGCAGGUAGAUUUUUUUUUUCAUUAAGUAAGAUUGGAAAAUAAUGUUCAUCUAGGGAAUUAUUUAAGCAUAUUAAUUAUUAAUAUGGUAAUAUUGAAUUUUUCAAACCAAUUAACCAAAUUUGUAGCAUUUUUAAUUGAUUACAAUUAGAGUAAUGUAUGAUAAUUUAUAACUAUUUCUACAUUCGCAUCAAUGCAAUGAAGACUUUUAAAGGUUAGUCUCCUCACAAAGCAUCUCCCGGCUCUCACAUAAUCUUCCUUGUUAUUGAUAGUCUGGCUGGGAGCAUAAUUCAAAUGGUGAUGCUAUUAGCCUGUGUCACAUCUGGAUGUGAUGCAGGCUACGAUGCUGGAUGUAGGACAAAAAAAUUGUCUUGAUCUCAGUAUCCCUCAACCUCUCACCAAAGGAAGACCACCCGUUGAUAAAGGUAAUCCUGAGAGAAGGAAGGUUGCCUGUGGAGGGUAGAGUUUUAUACUAUAUUUUCAUGAAAAUUAAUGAAAGUGUGUAAUGCACUUUUUCACCACAGAAAGCCCAAAUAACACUUUUAAGGAAAUUUCAAGCUGCUAAAAACUCUAGAAUUUGAAUUACAAUGGGUGAUUUUCAUACAGGGACACAUACAUUCUGGAAAAUGGACAGGUGUAUGAACUUUGAAGUUCAUGUUUGCACGCUUAUCACAAAUAUCUUUGCCUAGAGAUUAAUCCAGGAGAGAAGCUUGCGAAUAGAGACUAUCAUGUAAUUUAAUUUUUUGGCGUUCAAUGCAAGGCAUGUAUAGCUCUAUUCACUGGCAACUCUCAGUAAAAUGAAGUCCAAAACAAUGUAAUUUGGUGUAAUUUAGCAUAGAGUACAAACACUAAAACUGUGCAACAUAAAUACCUGAACUAAAUACUGCUAAAUUGUGCUAAUUCUAUUGUUUUCCAUUGUUUGGUUAGCACUAUUUUAUAGUAAAUAGUGGAAAGUGUUGCACUCUUUUAGAGUGAUCGCACUUAAACUGUGCAACUGUACAAAACCUAAGUAGAACUAAUUUGUACUGUAGACCUGAAGCAAGACGGUAAUUUGAAUUGAUCAUUUGUAUCAAUUCAAUUUUAUGUUCGAACCGCAUACACGAUUUUCUAAAUACAACUAAAUAGCACUAUUUAGUUUGUACAGUUGCAUGGUUUAAGUGUGAUCACUCUAGUGUUUGUACUCUAUAAAUACAUGUAAUACAUAUUUUAGAUAGGUGGAAAUGCAAAAAAUAAAUAAAUAAAAAUCUGAUUUUACUGAAUGAAUUGUAAAAGGAAUUGUUCUCUUCUUCCUCCAUCUCCAUUAAAAAGAUCAUAGACAUGGCAUUUCUAAUUAGAACUCAGUCUAUGUUGCUGUCAUGACAAUGUGGUUGUAUUUUAAUGAUAAAGGAAAUACCAAAAAAAAAUUAUAUAAAUUAAAAAUUUUCAUUCAGAAUAAUGACUAUAAGGGAAAGAAAAAAARAAGUAAAAUAGAAAUGGCUAGAACAACUUACACUCAAUGCACAAUGCCAUUUGUGUCAAAUCUUUACCUGAGAUUUCAUUUCUUUAUUAAAAGCAUAUAAAUACAUAAUUAUCACAUAAUUAACAUGUAUUGCAAUCCAAAGAUAAAUCUAUAUAUUUUAGUAGAAUAAGUGCUUGUAAAGACCGUAAAUUAUUAAAAGUACAGGUAACAGAAAAGACUUUUGAUAAUAAAAGACUAGGGUUUCUUAAUAAUUAUCAGUUUGUGACUAAUAUCUUCAAUCAAUAUUUCUUUCUUUUGAACAAUCAUCUGCAUAUUCUAACUAAAUAAGCUGUUUUUCAAAAAAUAACCAAUCUUCUUUAUUAAAACUGCUGACUAGCAUUAACCAAUGUGAAUGUAAUUUACAUUUAUGCAUUAUACUAAGUGUUAAGAGAUUCUUCAUCAAG